AUGACGACUGAGACGGGGAAAACAACCGAAGGAGGGCCAUCUCCGGCACUGCUCGAUUUUUCCACAUUCUACAACAUUAUUGAUGGCCAGAAGACGACCACAGCCCGCACGCGCCACAGUAUCAACCCGUCAACCCUCGAAGCCAACCCCGACGUGCCCGUCUCGACCGAGGCCGACGUCGACCGCGCCGUACAGGCCGCUCGAACGGCGUUUGCGACAUGGCGCCAGGUGCCCUACGCCAAGCGUCGCGCUGCCCUGGAGGCAUUUGCGGACGGCGUGGCGGCCAACAUCGACGGCUUCGCGACUAUGCUGACGCGGGAGCAGGGCCGGCCGUUGGCGCUGGCACAGUUGGAGGUGAACAUGACGGUCGAUCAGCUGAAGCAGACGGCCAGCCUCGAGCUCGUGGACGAGGUGGUCGCCGACGACAAGGCCAGCGGCGGACAGACGGUCCUCAAGCGAUUCACGCCGCUGGGCGUAGCGUGUGGCAUUGUGCCAUGGAACUGUGAGUCACCAACGUUCUGCGACUGCAGCAUGUGUAUAGCGCGCGAAGCUCAUUCCUGA